AUGAUUUUGAGCAUUUAGAAACUUUUUGAUGGGUGUUUUUAUUUCUUUGUAUCUGUGACAAUAAUGAGAAUAGAUUUAAAAGAGGCUCAAUAAAAUUUGAGGGGCAUAAAGUAGAGGAUGAAGUAUCAAUAAAUAAGUAUAUUAGUUAUUGGAGAAGACUUUAAAUAGAUAGUGAGAAUUUGAUUAAGGUUUGUGUUUUGUAAUGA